UCCCUCCUCCUCCUCCUUCCUUCCUUCCUUCCUUGGGCUCCUUUCUCUCUCUGAGGCCCCUCGCUGCCGACUCUCCCGCGCAGCCCUCCUCCUUCUUUCGCUGCUGACUGACUCCCCGCCGAGGCCUGGCUGGGCCAGGGUUGCCAAGGCGAAGGCGGGACUGGCUGGCGCCGCAAGGGGGACCCGGCUCCCCCUCCCUGCCUCCUCCUCCUCCUCCUCCUGAGGCCAGAGGACGGAGAGGAGCCGGGGGAGACCAGGAGGAAGGGGCCCCGGACCCAGGGCGGCAACAUGAGUGAGCAGAGUAUCUGUCAAGCACGAGCUGCUGUAAUGGUCUAUGAUGAUGCCAAUAAGAAGUGGGUACCAGCUGGUGGGUCUACUGGAUUUAGCAGAGUUCAUAUAUACCAUCAUACAGGCAACAAUACUUUUAGAGUAGUUGGCAGGAAGAUUCAGGAUCAUCAGGUGGUAAUAAAUUGUGCCAUUCCAAAAGGACUGAAGUACAACCAAGCAACACAGACUUUUCAUCAGUGGCGGGAUGCUAGACAAGUGUAUGGUCUCAACUUUGGCAGUAAAGAAGAUGCCAAUGUCUUUGCAAGUGCCAUGAUGCAUGCCUUAGAAGUGUUGAAUUCACAAGAUUCUGGUCCAACGUUGCCUCGACAAAAUGCACAACUUCCUAUACAAGUGCAAAAUGGCCCCUCACAAGAAGAUAUAGAAAUCCAGAGGAGACAGCUGCAGGAGCAACAACGACAAAAAGAGUUGGAAAGGGAGAGGCUGGAACGUGAAAGGCUGGAGCGGGAAAGACUAGAACGAGAGAGACUCGAGCGAGAAAGACUAGAAAAAGAAAGACUGGAACGAGAACGGUUAGAACAGGAGCAACUGGAAAGGGAGCGACAGGAGAGGGAACGACAAGAACGAGAGCGGCAAGAACGCCUAGAAAGAGAAAGACAAGAACGGGAGAGACAAGAUCGGGAGAGAUUGGAAUGGGAAAGGCAGGAAAGAGAGCGGCAAGACCAACUAGAAAGAGAACAGCUAGAAUGGGAAAGGGAAAGAAAACUCUCAAAUGCUGUUCCAUCUUACGACAACUCCCCGUAUAGUACUUCACUUCCUGAAUACUCCAGUUGCCAGCCUCCUUCAGCACCACCUCCUUCAUAUGCUAAAGCAGUGUCAGACUCUACUCCAGAUUAUGCUGUAGUGACUUCUGCACAGCCAGUGUCCUCUCCCCCAACACCACCACUAAGGCACUCUGCAUCACGUUUUGCUACAUCUUUGGGCUCUGCCUUCCAUCCUGUUCUUCCCCAUUACGCCACAGUUCCUCGUCCAGUAAACAAAAAUUCUCGACCACCUUCACCUGUGAACCCCCCUGCCUCUUUGCCCCCAAGUACCAAGCCUACUACUUGGUCUGCUUCUAGUUUUGCACCUCUUCCCCCUUCUCCUCCUGUAAUGAUUAGCAGUCCUCCAGGCAAAGCCACUGGCCCAAAGCCUGUUCUCCCAAUUCCUGUUACUGCCCAGUUAUCCCAAAUGACACCAUCCCCUACUGCACCCAAUGGUCUUCCGGAAUUGGCAAAUUAUCCGGUUCCUUCACCAUCUACCUCAGGUCCAACACCAACACCGCCACCUUCCUUUCAGCCUCUCUCAAUCUCUGGACCUCAAGCUUCCUCUCCAAGCUCCCCUAAUGCCUCAGCUCCCUCAUCCAAGCCUAGUGUUCUGCCUUCUCCCUCUGCAGCUCCCCCUGCCUCUGUUGAGAACUCUCUAAACUCUGUGCUGGGAGACUCCUCUGCUUCUGAGCCAGUCUUGCAGACAGCCUCUCAGCCGGUUGAACCUCCGUCCCAGCAGGGUGUUGUACAAGGACCACCUGCACCUCCACCUCCACCCCCUCUUCCACCUGGCCCUGUCCAGUCCCCACCAACAGUUCCUCCUCCCCCCGGGCCACCUCCCCCACCCCCUCUUCCACCAUCCGGGCCACCUCCCCCUCCUCCACCACCACCCCUUCCUAACCAGGUUCCUCCUCCACCUCCUGCUCCUCCUCUCCCCGUCUCUGGUUUUCCCAAGGGAUUGAUGUAUGAAGACCACCGUCCUAUAACAGGACUAGCAGCUGCCCUUGCUGGAGCCAAACUCAGAAAAGUAUCACGGAAUGAAGAGUCUCCUAAUCCAAGUGGAGGAACAAGCUCUGCUUCACCUAAAACAGAUAGUGGCCGUGGGAAUGGGCCACUUCCCCUUGGAGGAAGUGGUUUAAUGGAAGAAAUGAGUGCACUGCUGGCAAGAAGGAGAAGAAUUGCAGAGAAGGGCUCAUCAGAAACAGAACAAAAAGAAGAAAAAAAUGAAGAACCAGAGCCUUCAGUUUCCAAGCCUCCUCCAACAAGCACACCUGAACUAACAAGAAAGCCCUGGGAAAGAACAAAUACAGUGAAUGGAAGCAAGUCACCCAUUAUUUCAAGACCAAAAUCUGCAUCCUCUGGGCAGCCCAGUACCAAUGGAGUACAGACAGAAGGGCUAGACUAUGACAGAUUAAAACAGGAUAUUUUAGAUGAAAUGAGAAAGGAAUUAACAAAACUAAAAGAAGAAUUAAUUGAUGCAAUUCGGCAAGAACUGAACAAGUCAAAUACAGCAUAGAAAGACUAGGACUAAGCCAUUAUGACCACUGGUCUUGGCAACUACAUUUUGUGAGCUGUUGGAAGAAAUGGAAAAAUACACUAAGAAGAAGAAAGAGCAAGAUUCUGAAAAUUUUCAGACAUCACUAUUUCCCUUUGCUGCUGUUUUCUGACUUUGAACAGGGUGGAAAAUAGUCUUAAAUUGUGAUAAUGAUUUAUGCAGAUGAUCCUAUACUGUCAGGCAAGAUCACAGUGCAUUGAAAUGUCUUCAUAUCAAAAUAGAGCUGCAUAUUCAUGGUUCAUUAAGAUACAAAAAAGAAAAGUUUGGGAAGGCUUUUCAGAGAGGUUUUCUUAAGGAAGAAUUUAGCAAGCUAUACUAUUGUACAAAGUAUCUCAGGUUAGUCUUCCUAUCAUAUUGGCUAUUUCUAUGAAUUAAAGAUCAAACAUGACUUCAGUUUACAAAAUAAUACAGAUAGGAGAGUGCUGAAAAACAAUACUGGCAAAUGAGAAAUUGAGGAUAUUUGGGAAUUAAUGAUAGGAAGCCUCUCUUGUUAGCCUACAUGCAGUUUCGUAGAAAAAAAAUGCAAAUGUUGUCCAGAAUAUAAAGAUGUAGAUGCCUUCCUAAAAUGUUAUGCUUUACCAAAUCUAAAACUUCUCCAGAAUACAAAUCAAUGGUCAAAUGUAAAUCAUUAGAUUGUUAUAGACUUACCAUAGGUUUUUGAGAUUUUAAAAAUUUAUGCAUGUAGACAUUUUUGUAAUAUAACACAACCACAGCGUUGGCUUUUUAAUUUAAAACAUUCUUGCAUGCCACAAAUAUUGAGUAGCCUUUUUCCAUUAAGGCCUAGUUAAUGCCCAGGAAAAAUUUGGGAUGUGUAGGGUUGGGAAUAGGGGUGACUUUUUUAUUUAAAACAUUUGUAUUAAUUGCUGCACUAGUUUUCCUUUUAUUGCAUGCAUGUGUAAUAAUAAGGAAAAUGUUGUGACUUAUCAGUAACCAUGUUAAAUAGAACCAGGUACUUAAUACUUUUUUGUAUCAUUUUAUUUGUAUUUCACACUUAAUAAUGCCUCAAUAAUGGCAUUACCAGUUGGGGUUUUUCUUUUUCUUUUCUUAACUUAAAGGUAAGCAUUAAGCAUCAUGAUAAUACUAAGAGGUGAUUUUUUAAAAAUAAAUGAUGGAAUGGCUUUUCCCUACAAUAGCUACUUGCACUGUGUAUUGAGACAAAUCUCAUUGAAGUGGGGAGAAGGCAAGCUGAACAAUGUAAGUCAGUGCAAAUGCAGUACUGUACUUCCAAACUUGUGACCUUCCAGAUGUAGUUUGACUACAUAUUCCAUUAGUAAUAGUUAACACAGCUAGUAGCAAUGAGAGAUGGGGCUUGUUGUCUAUCUGCCUCUGAAAGGCCACAUUCGCCAUCCCUGCUUUAAUCCCAGGGUAAGUGAUUGACUGAUAGCAGGCCAUGGGAUCAUGUGCUCUUUUGUCCCCAUGCCUUCCCCAGCAAAAGUUCCUCUUGCCUUUCCACAUACACCCCAAGAGUGAUUAAGGGUUCCAUCAUCACCAGUUCUAUUUUUGCCAGGAUUUGAAAACAGUUGUUGUCAUUGUAGCAUUUAAUAAUGACUGAGGCUGGUUUGGCAUGAUGUGAUUCUCUUCACAUCAGAGAAGAGGGGUUGGGUGGAAAUGAGCUCAUGAGCUUUCUCCUGUUUUUUAAUCCGUUGGACAUACAGUUAACUAUCAAAUACUGACACACAAAGUUACAAGAUGAGGAAAAGUCUUAAGAGCAGAGUGGCAAUAGUAUACUUUUAGGAUCAUGAAAGUCACAUAUUAUCAACUCCUAUCCCAACCUGUAGAUGUUUAUUAAACUAUCCCAUGCAGAGUUUCAGAAUGGGGAUGUAUGUGUGAUAGAGACCCUUCAAUUAAAUUUUGUGUUUGACAAAUAAUGUGCAAAUAAGAGCCCACUGCAUCUUAAGUUAUUCAUGCAACAUUAGUGCCAUAUUUAUUUUGUUAGCUGUUCUGAUUUGGAAAUGACUUGUAGUUUGGACAUAACUAUUCAUUUUCUUAGAUUACCCAGUUCCACCCAGUUUAGUUCACUAGAAAGCUUUAAUUAGCACAUCUCCCCAAGCAUUAGACACCAAAGCAAAUUAAUCAGUCCUAUUUCUGCAUACAGGCUUGAAUAUCCCCCACCUUGUACAAGAUAUAAGUAUGGCAGAUAAAAUAUAUAACCCCAAAUCAGUGGUGACUUUUUAAAAAAUACUCUUUGCAUACAUUAGUUGAAGGCAUUUAAAUCUCAAGACAAAUAAUGUUGAUCCCAUUGAGAGGAGGCAUUUCCAUCUUUUGAAAGUAACUUCUGUUUAGACAGUAAUUAAACUUUAAAACAUAUUAUUUUCAGAAAUCAUGUUUGAUUUUGUUUACAAACAAAAUUUUGAGAUAGUCUAGCAGAAUGUUACAGGUGUAAGUGGUCCAAAGGUAAGAAAAUUAAGUUACUGAUUGUGAAUGAAACUGGUUAAUGCACUAAAUGUUUUGUGCCUUGGUCUAAAGUUAACAUGAUUUCUGUGAAAAAGGAAAAAACCCAGAGGUCUUCAUACUCUUUCUACAUGCAUAGUUACAUGAAUUGGACCACUCUGAAAUAUCUAGUUUUAGUUAAAUUGUAAAUUCCAGCUGUUGUACUAACAGCUAUGCCAUUGCCAGAUAUUCCUGUAAUUAAAAUUAGCUACAGGCUAUUAGGUUAUUUUAAUUACUGUUCUUUAAAAAUGUUAUGAUGGUUCCUGUGCUUUUGUACAGCGGAUGCCUUAAGCUGAAUAUGGUUUAGGGGAUCACUUUUAAUUCCAGGAAGGUAUUGCUUUCCUCAACACUGUGAUCUGAUCUGUGAUAAAUCUGUCCUAUCCAUAUACAAGUGGCUAACAAGUCAAUUGCAUACAAACUGAAUGUACAAAUCUUAGUGCUGGUGCUGAAAUCUCUUCAGAGUUGUCAUGAAACAUUGUUCAAAAAGUUUGCAAGCAUCAAGUGUCAAUCAAAACUGAAGAUGAAACACUAAUGAAUGUUGAAUUUUCAUGCAUUUAGUUUUACCUCCUUUUGAGUUUUUCAGUUAAUUCUCUUGCUAUUUUUACCAUAUUGUGUCAUUUUAAAAUUUCUUAAAUGCUAACUUUGUUUUGUUUGAGCAGAUGAAAUAAAAUUGCAAUAUAUA